AUGCCUCGAGACCUGCCGAGGCAGUGGGACUCUCCCAGACCGACGUCGAGAAACAUUCCCAGACCAGAAAGCGCCGGGAAGACGACCCAGCUCAUAGCCUUCGCCGACAACCUCCUCAAACGUCUCCCCGAAGCACGAGAUCCUCCAGCAAUCGACACACUCCACGAAGAGCUCAUGAAGAAGCUCAACAACACCCAUGGCUUCCCCAAUCUCCCCCGAGGAAAGUCCAGGAGCCAGAGAAAUGAGCUGGAUCGGAAGGGGACUGAGCUAUGGAACCUUUGCAUGAGACUCCGCCGCGACGAGAUGCCCGGGGAGCCGCCGACGCGGAAGAGGCUCUUGCUUCGGGGCCGGGUGUUUGCGUUCUUUAUGAUCGACAUUGCGAGAUUCUGGAAGGUGGCGGAGGAUGCGCGGCCGGAGGACUGGAUGCCGCUGGCGGAUGUGGUGCAUUUGAUGAGAUUGGCGCUGAAGGCUGGGAGGAUGUGCCUUGAUGAUUGCGGUGCGAAGUUUACCAACAUGGUAUAUCUGAAGGCUUCGAAUUACAGCGACCUCCUGGGAAGACUGACGCAGACGAUGCUGGGACCUGACGAUCUGGCGGAGUGCAAGAGGUUGGAGUCGGAGUACUACAUUCUACGGACCGCAAUGUGCUGGAAGGAGGGAAACCUCAAUGUCGCCGACUUCAUGUACGACAAGGGCCAGCCGACGAUCCAGACGCUCGACCCCGGCUCUGCCGAACUGCUGACGGAGGUUCUGUUCGAAAUCGGCAAGGACUUCUGCAACAAGGGCGACUUCAAAAUGGCUGUCAAGUGGCUCGAGCGGGCGUACGAUAUCAUCAACAGCCAGGAGCUCGACCGUUUGCCAAGGGAUGCGCUCGAGCUGCGCCUUUCCGUGUGCCAGGCACAUAUCCACGCCCUUCUGGGGAUGAACACGUCCGAGGCCUCGCAGAAGGCGCAUGAUUUGGUCAGCUACGUGGAGCAAGAGAUUGGAGAGCAGCCGGUCGUGCUGCUGCUUCGUCUUGAGUUGCUGCAGAAAGCGCCAGCGGAGGUUUUCGACGUCGAGGCGUAUGCAGAUAUCCUGAAGCACAUGGUGCAGCGGUUCAACUUCUCGGAGGCACAUUUCAAGCUACUCAUUCACCAUUCGCGCAAGCUUCAUGACAAAAGCCCGUCAAUGGCCCUGCGUAUGGUGAAUGGGAUGCUGAAGAGCAAUAUUGUUUCUUCGGGACGAGACGAGUGGGUGGAAAGGCUCGUGCUAUUGAGACUAUGGAUGGAGGAAAGCCAGAGGGACAGCGAGCUUGCUAUCGAUGAGCUGAUGAAUGUGUUGCGAGGUGUAGAGGAAAACUUGACGCAGCCUUUUGGCGCGUCUGCCGCCGUUGCAGCUCUGACUAUUAUGUGGAAGAAGAUCGAGGUCAACUACAACCAAGGUCACUUUCAACUUGCCGAGGGUUGGUGUCGGAUCGCGCUGCAAUCCAUAUUUGAGAAUGGAGGACCUGCUAACAGGUCGAGACUCUGCAGGAAGCUCAUUCUCUGCGCCCUGAAUCGCAACAAUACCGAGGGAGCCCGACAAAUAUUCCAUGAGAUGCCAGGAUCGGCACGGAACGAGACCAUGACGCGGUACCUCAUGUAUAAGGUUGCACUCCAAUCUGGGGAUCAUGACUUGGCGGCGGAUUGUCUGGAGCGAAUAGGAGCGGGAGCAGCUCAAGACCCCAAUUUUCUCUAUGCCUGUGUUCUGGACGCGCAAAGGGCUAGAAACAAGAUCUGCGCCGGGCAGGCCAUGAAACAGCUUCUCGAAAGACAUGAAUUCAACGAAGACUCCCCGAUACAUCUACCGGCACUGCUUCGCAGCAAUAUUCGAAUAGCCGUGGCGGCUGUGGAGGGAGAGAAGGGCUCAGCUCGGAAUGCUUGUAUUGAAGACGUGGCUGGUUUGUUCGAACAAGCUGCCAAAGCAGUCCAAAGAGACCCCAAGGACAAGCAAGGAAAUCGUUUGUUUACAGUCAUGGAGCUGGACUGGUUUUGCCAGAACGCCUACAACCUUGGCCUGAAGAACUCGUCAAACUGGGACCUUUAUCCUGUCUUGCGGCUGUUUGCCUCUUGUCUUGAAAUCAUCAACCAUUAUCCGUCAGAUCUACCCACGGACUCAAUGGUUGAUCUCCGCUUCCGUACCAUGUUUAGUCACUUCGUCAUGGCAGCCGGCAAGAUCUCAAUAGCUCGAACAGAAGAUAAUACGGAGAAGCAAUUACAGUGUUACCUGGAUGCAAGGAAGCACGUCAAGGCGUACGACUGCCUCUUCCAGGUGCAAGCCACAGCAGCAGACGCCCUUACGAAGAAGGAUUUGAACAUUAAACUCGCGGCGCUACUGGUUUUUGAUUUCGAGGCAGCGCUGGCUCUAAAAGAUUACAACGGCCUGGGAGAAAUUCUUCAGCUCGCGAGGCCGUGCAAGGAUGUCAGGUCGUGGAAGGCAAUUGGCGAUCUUGCGCUGGGGGGCAAACUACCUGGUGACAAAUUAUAUUCAACGCUGGGAAUCGUCGUCAAUGAGAUUUGGGAGCUUGAGAGCAUGAAGUGCGACAAAUUAGCCAAGUAUACGCGAUGCAUGUUUCAAGCGGUACGGUUGUUAGACGCGGAAUCAGGUCAAAAGGUCAUCUUACAGGCCAUCGGAGUGGCCAAGAGUGCCAAAGAGACCCCGAACCCUUAUCCCACAGAAGAGCUGGAGUGGCUUGCGACGACGGCCUUCAACCAGGCCGUGGACUGUUACAACGAAAGGAGAUACGAAGAGUGUCACACGUGGGCAGACCUCGCGACCAACCUAGCGCACUAUGCCAGCGACGGAGGAGCACUGGAGAGGCAGUGUCACGAGAAACGGGCGAAGCUUGACUUUGACAUGAAAUGA